AUGCGGCUACGCGAUGUCAUUGCGUUUCGGAGGCAGGCAGUUCGACUCAUCAUUGCUCUCGUUGAUUACCACUACCGCGACCACUACGAUAGCAUCGACCGGAUUCCGCGGACUCCAGGAUUCCCACUGUCGUUGCUCUUCCCGCCAACUGAUGGGCCGGUGUACGAGUUUAUUCUGGUGCCACCGUCACGUGCGUCGGAACGUCUUGAAAUGCGCAAUCUUCACAUUGCUUUAAGGAAUGUCGGAAUUCGUAUUUCUACGUCCCUCCGCAAUAUCCCAUUGAACCAGUUCGCGAGAAGGUCUACUGCUAGCAGGAGCCCGGGCCAACUUUUCAUGUGCGAUGCGCUCCUCUCAUGGCCUCCUUCCGUGGCUGCCCAACGGAGCCUCACGAAUGUCAUAAGACCUUUCCUUCCCGUCUAUUCGGAAGAAGCCGCACUGCCGAUACACGUCACCAGAGCUCCUGGCGAAGACCGCCAUUGGGUCGAGGACCGUAUGGGCCACUACUCAAGUCAUGGUCAAGAUCCAGAUUUGGCCGCCACCGAAUGGGCAAAUUGUUUUCUGCAGCCAGCGCCGCUCUCUCAGCUCAGGCCCUGUUGGGAGACGGAGACAACGCAUUUGAACGGGAUUCUUGGGUAG